AGGGAAGGUAAAGAAAACGGGAUCCAUAACUUCCCUUCCUGACAAAAUCAAGAAUAUCAAGAAAUCAAGAAUCGACCAAUCGCGCCGGUACAUACGCACCAGUUCGCUCGCUCGCUCAGCAUCUCUCUUCUCGAUCCCCCCCCUACUUCGUCACUCUGAUCUUUCGAUACACCCCCCGACCCAAAAUCUUUUUCACGGUCGUUCCAUCCCGAGUUUCCCAUUUGGGUUUUGCAUGCAGAGAGCGCGCGCGCGCAAGAGAGAGAGAGAAACAGAGAGGCGAAGAGGAGGAGGAAUAAAAAAGGAAAGGCAAAUCACCGAACACCCACACUGCAUCUAACUACAUAUUCAGCACAGCCCCCGCCCCCACACACAUACAGAGGCAUAGGGCUUCGUUCCUCUCCACUCCACCCUCUCCCUCUCUCUCUCUCUCUCUCUCUACCGUCAUCGGAUCUGAUUUCUGCGAACCCGAAUACCCACAUCGUGUUUUGUCUGAUCUCUCUCUCUCUCUUUCUUGAAAAUUCGCCGACGACUGAGGACAGAGGAGCGGGGGAAGAGAAGCGGGCGGUGGGUGGUGGUGGUGGUGGUGGUGGGGGGGGGAGAGGAAUAGGAACUUUUGGGAUUCGAUCCCAUGAAGUGAAGGGGGGCAUUUUCAUUUCUUUUGGCCCAGAUGAAAUGAAAAUGCCCGGCUCAUAUCCACGCGAACGAUGACCAGAGCGAUUGACCUCGGCGGCGACGACGACGACGACGAGGAAGAGCGCUUCUACGAGUCCCUCGACCGCCUCAUCUCGUCCUCCUCUUGCUCCUGCUCCAACUCCGAGGACGAGGCCGACGAUACGAGCCCGGAUCCGAAUUCUGCCUCCGAUCGUCCCUUCCCCGUGCCCCGGUUCCCGGCCGGCGUCUUCCGGUACGAUGUCUGGACCUCGCAGCCGUCCUCGGUGUCGGAGCGGCGGUCUCGGCUUCUCCACGAGAUGGGUCUCACCGCCGACCCUUCCCUCUCGCAGGCGAAACCCGGGAAGGAAUCGGGUCGCGCCGACUUUGGGAGGUCAGUAUCGGCGGAUCACGUGAGGGGUCAGCAGAACGGUCCGAGCGCCGGUAUCGUGCGGUCGAGAUCAGAUGGGUCUGUGGAUCACGAUGCCUCCUCGAGUGACCAGUGUAAUUCGAAUUCCUUGCAGCCCAUUCGUUAUUCUACUUCUAUUCUUUCAAUUGAUAGCAAUGGUUCUCUUGUAAAUAGUAAUAAUUUUGUGGAUGGUGUCGAUGUUGAAUCGCGGGGUGCUGGGAUUGGAUCCGCAGGUGCCAGUCCCCUUAGAUUGGACAAUCCGCCAAUCACGCAGUGUUGUGAAAAAUUCCACGAGAUUGAGAGUGAUUCCACCAGUGUAAAGGUUGACUCGAAUGAUCGUCACUUUGCGGCUGAGGGUAAUGGAGUGGGUGAUUGUGAUAUGCAGCACAAUGGGACUGAUGAUAGGGCGAAUGAGACCGUUUGUACGAUCAAAAACCUUGACAACGGGAAAGAGUUUGUGGUGAAUGAGGUUAGGGAAGAUGGUUCUUGGAACAAGCUCAAGGAAGUCGGGACUGGUAGGCAAUUGACAUAUGAGGAGUUUGAGAUUAGUGUCGGGCAUUCCCCAAUCGUGCAAGAGUUGAUGAGGAGGCAAAAUGUGGAAGAGGGUAAUAAGGAUCAUAUGGAUGUAAACGGGAUCGUGGGCGGUGCCGGGGGGUCAAAGUUGAAGAAGAAGGGUGGGUGGUUUAGGAGUAUAAGGAGCGUGGCGAGCACAAUGACUGGUGUUAAUAAAGAGAGGCGAAGCAGUGACGAGAGGGAUACUUCUUCCGAAAAAGGCGGUCGAAGGUCAAGUUCGGCGACAGAUGAUAGCCAGGAUGUAUCAUUUCAUGGACCUGAGCGCGUAAAAGUGAGGCAGUACGGGAAGUCUUAUAAAGAGCUUACAGGGCUUUAUAAAUGCCAAGAAAUACAGGCGCAUAAUGGGUUUAUAUGGAGUAUCAAAUUUAGUUUGGAUGGGAGAUAUCUUGCAAGUGCAGGUGACGAUCGUGUAAUUCAUGUGUGGAAGGUGGUGGAGUCCGAGAGGAAGGGGGAAUUAUUGAUGGAAAAACCGGAAGACGGGGGCUUUCACAUGUUGUCGGGGGCUAAUGCAUCACCAGAACUGAGCACGUUGUCGCCGAAGAUAGAUAAUUAUCUCGAUAAGAAGAGAAGGGGGAGAUCAUCUAUAAGCCGGAAGUCAUUGAGCUUGGACCAUGUUUUUGUUCCAGAAGCUGUGUUCGCACUUUCAGAGAAACCUGAAUGUUCUUUUGAGGGACAUCUUGAUGAUGUUCUUGACCUCUCAUGGUCCAAGUCCCAGCACUUGCUCUCAUCUUCAAUGGACAAGACAGUUCGAUUGUGGCACUUGUCUAGCAAGUCUUGUUUGAAAGUAUUUUCCCACAGUGAUUAUGUUACCUGUAUCCAGUUCAAUCCCGCCGAUGAUAGAUAUUUCAUUAGUGGAUCCCUAGAUGGCAAAGUGCGCAUAUGGAGUGUUCCUGACAGGCAACUUGUUGAUUGGAGCGAUUUCCAUGAGAUGGUCACUGCAGCUUGUUACACACCAGAUGGUCAGGGAGCUUUAGUUGGUACACACAAAGGGAGCUGCCGUUUGUACAACACAUCUGAGAACAAGUUGCAACAGAAGAGUCAAAUCAAUUUGCAGAAUAAGAAGAAGAAAUCUCAUCAUAAGAAGAUCACUGGCUUUCAGUUUGUAUCUGGAAGUUCAUCUGAAGUGCUCAUCACAUCUGCCGAUUCUCGAAUACGUGUUGUUGAUGGUGUUGAUCUGGUACACAAAUUUAAAGGUUUCCGCAACACAAACAGCCAAAUCUCUGCCUCCCUCAGUGCCAAUGGAAAAUAUGUGGUCUCUGCCAGUGAGGAUUCUCAUGUAUACGUGUGGAAGCACGAAGCUGACUCUCGACCCAGCAGGGGAAAGGCUGUUACCGUAACACGUUCCUAUGAACAUUUCCAUUGUCAAGAUGUUUCGGUGGCUGUACCUUGGCCCGGUCUGGAUGAUACAUGGGGAACUCUUGAUGGUUACUCUGCUGAGCAAAACGAACUUGAUACCGAGGAGGCCUCCACGGCCAAUCAUCCUCCGACACCUGUUGAGGAGACUAAUGGUCCUGUAGGCUCGAGAUCGGCGUCGGGUUGCAGCAACAGUCCACUUCAUGGUAGUAUUUCUUGGGCGACCAAUAACUUCUUUGACAAAAUUGCGGCCACUUUGACGGAUGAAAAACUUUCAUUAGCUGCAAGAAGCAGGAGUCCUCGUGUUAGCGUGGAUGUCUACAACGGGAUUGGCGAGAACAUGUCGGCAUGGGGCCUGGUGAUUGUAACUGCUGGGCUUCGAGGCGAGAUCAGAACUUUUCAAAAUUUUGGAUUGCCCGUCCGAAUUUAGGGGUCUAUGAGAAACCAAGAAAGUCCUCAACUUUUUAAGCUCGAAAAUGUUGAGCUCCAUACGCCCCCGACUUCAUAUUGUCCUCGUUGCUAGAAAGUGUACAGAAUAUACUUGGGUGAGAUUUGUAAUAUUAGUGAGUUCAGUUUUUCAUUUUAUUUCAUUAUGCUUGUGCUCGUCGGACGUGUCCAGAUUGGGAUCACCCUGACUGAGCAUCAAGAGAAGCAAAAUAGAUUUGUAAACCAGAAAAAAAAAGUAAGUACAGUGAUUUAGAUCUGAUGAUCUCUUGGUAA